GCUCGCCGGCGACCGGUCGUGUACAGGUGUAGAAGUAAACUGGGCAGUAGCUCGGCAUUGGCUGUGAGACUUACCGCCUCACUGAACGUGUAGCCCAAUUAUUAUUAACAUGAUCCACUGAGCAUGAGGCGAAAGAACUCUACGCAGUAAUAAUUCCUUCUUCUAUUCAGGUAGUUGUUGUUGUACCCAAGUCGCAAUCAAUUCUCUACAGAGCUGUGGCUAUUGCAGCACAGUCCCUGCAAACUUUAGUAGGCUUAGCGAGCUCAGACAUCUCAGCUGGUACUACAAACACUGUUUUGAGUGAUUGGCAGGCCCUGAUUAAUUCCAUUUCCAAGUGACCAGUGAUCAUCCCGAGCUGAUAUCCUUCGGACACACUGCUAUCAUGGAUGAGAGAGCGGAGCAGAGCAAGCGAGCGCCCUAUCCUUACCCGACACUGGAGAAUGACUCCAACUUCGGAAAUACAAUGGAUGAAUCGUUCCAAGGCGUGUAUCAUCAGAAAAGCACCGAGCACAUCGCCAGCAAUCCCUGGGAGCGGCUCAACAGCACAGUGACCCUGUCCAGUGUCAGGCGCAGUGCAGGUUAUUACGAGCCAGACGUUCCAUCGGACCAGUUGGAUUUUGCCAUGAAAGGACAGUAUGAUCACCAUGGAGAUGGGUUUAAGGGUAAGAAUGAGGUGCUGUAUCAGAAGGAGACGCUCGGCCUGCCCCACAGGCAUGUCCUGAAGAAUCGUAUCAAAGAAGAGAAGCCCAUCGACCCAGCCAAGCGCCCUCCUGUUGUGCACACGGAGAAGAAGAAGGCCAAUGAACACAGUAGCAAGGGAGCCAUCAGUGGCCAUCACACAACCGAGACUAACCAGGGCUACUCUAGAAAACGCGACGGUGGUUUUUUCACCUGCUAGCACCUCAUUCAUCUGCCCGGCACAAUCAUCUCCUUUGGACCUGGCUGUGUACUGCAUGGGACUGUUCAGAUCCUCUGUGUAGUGUGCAGUCCCUAUCACACUGACAAACAUAUGGUGUUACACACCUAGCGCUAUAGAUGUAAGGCAACAGAACGCUGUGUUCACUGCCUGCUCUGAGAAAAGAUAGACCACCUGGAGUUCCUGGACCAGAUGGUCUUUAUGGGACAAUACUGCCUUUAGUUAUUGUGUUGUGCAAGAAUCAUGUACAGCGCCCACAAAGACCUAGUGUAGCAUGUGAUCACUAUACUUGCAAUGCCAUUAGGAAGUCUGUUGUAUGGUCUGUUGUAUGGUCUGUUGUAUGGUCUGUUGUAUGGUCUGUUGUAUGGUAUUCCGCUGUACAACAUUGUAUUUGAGUUUGUUCCGUAUAUUUGGAUCGUAUUCUGUGUCUUGAGUUGUUUUUGCAAGUUGUUCUGCGAGAGCAAUGUCAGCAGGAUGCUGUGUAAAGUGGAGCUGACCUCUGUAUUUAAUGUAGCACAGUCUAGCAUACAGUGUUCACAGCACGUGUCCAAAACGUAUCUCCUUCAACUUUGUCAUUAUUGCUUUUCGUAUACUGCAGACUUCAGUAUUAUACCGA